AGUGCUUCCCGUCUAUACAACGUCAAGAUGCCGUUUGCGAAUGUUGCACUUCCGCUACUUGGCCUCGGUGUUCUCUUUUUGGUUUGCAAGGCCAUCUACAACUUGUACUUGCACCCACUAGCACGAUUUCCUGGUCCAAGAUUAGCUGCAUCGACGAAGAUCUACGAAUUAUAUUACGACAUUGUAAGGNGUGGUCAGUUCUUCUACGAAGAACAGCGUAUGCACGCAGUCUAUGGUGAGAGUCGGUCCUUGCUCUUGGUAAACAGAUAUCCUCAUAGUGUGCUAGGUCCGAUUGUCCGCAUCAAUCCUGAUGAGUUACACGUGAACGACCCCACCUACUACAAGAUACUCUAUGCUGGGGGAGGCUCGCCGACUUCCUCGUUCGCCACGGUCGGUCACAACUUGCACCGCAUUCGGCGUGGCGCCCUCAAUCCUUUCUUCUCGAAAGCUUCGGUAACCAAAUUAGAGCCCUUGAUUCACCGAAAGGUCGAAGCACUGUGUUCAGGCAUAAUGGCACAUCUACAGGGCAGCAUUGUUCUCGACUUCAAUGCGGCUUAUGUGUCGUUCGCUUUGGAUACCGUCUCGCAUUAUGCCUUUGGCGCCGAAGAAUGCUGGAAUUGCUUGCUUGAGCUAGGCUUUUCUGCUGACUGGAAAGAAGCAGUCGUCUGCAUGUUCGAGAAUACAGCAUUGGUUCGUUACAUGCCAUGGAUAACAAGACCUCUCAUGAUUGUACCUUAUCAUUGGAUCGUCAAGAUUCAUCGGCCCAUGGGAAUUUUUCUUUCGGCAGAGAACACCAAAAAAGCUAAGAGUGAGACAACAAUUUUCUCGGAAUUGAGGAACGGUAAAUUGCCUUCAGAGGAGAAAGAACCGCAAAGACUCAUCGACGAAGCAAACAUCCUUAUAGCUGCUGGUACUGAAGCAAUCGCGCAAUUAUUAACGAUCGUGUCUUAUCAUCUUCUCGACAAUCCAAACGUUCUUGCGAGAUUGCGCGAGGAACUCGACGUUGUUAUGCCGAAACCUGACAGUGAGAUCGCAUGGUGUGAUCUAGAGAAAUUACCAUACCUGGUAGAAAUCAACUUGUCUCGUGAGGGUCUUCGCAUCUCUGCAAUCGUGACUACAAGACUACCACGAGUAGCACCGCACAAGAUUCUGCGAUAUGGAUCCUUCGAGAUACCUCCUGGAGUGAGUAGGGAGUCCUUCGGCUGCUCGAACCAUCGUUAUAACGUAAAUCCCAGANCCCCCGUCUCAAUGACGUCCCACUUCAUUCACCUUGAUCCAACUCUGUGGCCUGAUCCCUUGAAGUUUUUACCUGGCCGAUGGGUCGAUGAUGGUUCAGACACGCCCAAAGGCGACAAGGAGUUCCUUGUACCGUUUUCAAAGGGAAGCAGAGGCUGCCUAGGCAUCAAUCUAGCGCAUGCACAAGCCUACCUUGUCAUUGCCAAAGUCUUUCGAUGCUUCGACUUCAGGCUUCACGAGACGAAUCGGCGAGACGUCACGAUUGUCAGAGAUUGCUUCAAUGGUCAGCCGUACAAGGGAUGCAAAGGUGUCAGGGCGUAUGUGACAGGGGAAAGAACAUGA